GAGUCGUUAUAGUGUAAGUUCUAAAACUAGCCCAAACUUAUAAGCUUAGAUUACAGAAAUUAGAUUAGCUUCUACCGAAAUGGCGUCGAAACCAGAGAUUGUGUUAGUCUUCAUAGGACUUUUCGUUUGCACAACCCUUACAUUGGCCAAAAACAAGUCUUCGACUGUCCAUACCCCAGAUGAUGCUCCAGAUAUCAAUAACGUAUUGAGAGAAUACGCCACAAGCAAAAUGAGCAACUUCAUCAAAGAAGUGGUGGACAACGCAACCAAACCCAUGUACGAUCGAAUCCUUCUGCCUUGGGUUCGUGAUAGCUACUUGCUCAACGGUUCUGGGAUGAACGAUACUCUUGAUGUCUUGGUGCCUCUCUUUUCUGCCUCCACGUCCAUAGCUGAUAGUCUAACAGCCAUACAAAACUUUAUUUUCUCUCUGAUCAAAGACCAGGCAAACACGCUUCUGAUUAGGAUUGCUCAUACGAUUGAAAACAUCAUCGAAAAGUUGAGCACCAGAUUGAUUCAGCUGGUGGAGAAAAGCGUCAUGAAGCCUCUAACGUCUGUGAUGGAUAAGGCAAGUGAACUAAAAAACACCGUUGUUUCAUCUGGCGCAGCGGUUGGUGCGAAAGUAGAAACUGGUGUCAGUCAUGUGGUCACUGGAACACAAGAAAAAUCUGCUCAACUUCUCCAAAAGGGAGCCGACACUGCCGGCGAUGCAUUGUCUGCAGGCAAAAAGUAUGUGGGUAACCUUUGGGCAGGGAAAUGAAAGUUGUCUCUUUUUCACUUUUGACAUCUGCUGAUAAUCAUUCUGAUGAUACAUCAGCGGAUACAUCUGAUGAUUGACCGGCAAAUUUUAUUUUACUAUUUUAAAUAUCUCU